CGAUAAGUAGACCGGCUUUUUGCGUUCAGUUCGGCCCGUAGCUGCUAGCCCAUAGAUUCGCCCUGCUCGAUUCGCUUCUACUUAGGAAGUCCUACCCUAGGUAGAGUUGGACGAAAUGCAGAGAGCGAGAACUAUGGCGAAACUAUGGUAUUUCCUGCCUACCUACCCAGCCUUGUGGGCUUUCCGACAAACUUGGAAGAAUAAACACUGAGGAGUAGGUAAUAUAAAUGUCCCAGUGCCAUAUUCUGUCUUUCCAUUUCUUUUGAGGGUCGGACAAUAUGGGCGUUGCAACUCCAUUGACAAUUCUCGCACAACAAACAUCUGUCACGGGACUUAAUGGUAGGGCAGAAGGUUUCCGUACCCUUACGAUAACCCAGUCCUCUGAGACACACGUAACGGUAAUUCCACUGGGUAAUGGCCAACGAUGGACUCAGACGAAAGCGAACGUGGCAGUCCUCGAGACAACGUCUUCCACACCAACCCCGGCGCCGACUAGUUCUAGUGGUAACUCUGCUGCCACUGCCCUUAUAGUAAUGGGAGUUAUCCUUGCAAUAUCUCUUUCACUUCUCAUAGUAUACUUUUGUUGUUGUAAAAACCGCAAAGGUUACUCUAGCGAACGCAAGUCGCCGAAGAAGGGCUAUUACAAUCGUUAUAAUCAUCUCAAGGUCAUUCGUGGUCCACAAGGUCUACCAGGUCCACCGGGUCCACCGGGGGUUCCUGGACUUGCUGGUGCUCCAGGGCUUCCCGGUACCCAGGGACCACCAGGUGAUAGAGGUCCUGAGGGGCAAUGCGGUAGCGAGGGCCCACAGGGUAUUCCGGGUGAGAGAGGUCUUCAGGGCCCGAUUGGUGAAAGGGGUCCCCGAGGUCUACCUGGGGAUAGAGGCGACCGAGGCCCCCAAGGCCCUAUCGGUGAUCCUGGUCUACGAGGGACUGCCGGGGAACGAGGUCCCAAUGGGGCGGUAGGACGUAAGAAAUUUGCCUCGCUUAUCAAAAACUUGAGAACUAGCUGCUUUCAUAACGAUAUAUCUACCUUUUUUUGAUCCUUUAUCAUGUUGGGAGUAAUGCUAAUUUCCAUAAAAGCACAAGGGAUACAGGGUCCACCUGGUCGCGACGGUCGUGACGGCCGCGAUGGAAGAGACGGUCGAGAUGGUAUUAAUGGUCAGGAUGGCGCUGAUGGUCGAAAUGGCACCGACGGCCAAGAUGGUGCUAAUGGGAGGGACGGAACAAAUGGAAUUGAUGGGAGAGAUGGCACAGACGGAAGAGAUGGCAUAGACGGAAGAGACGGAGCUGAUGGAGCUGAUGGCCGCGACGGUGUCGAUGGCCAGGACGGAAGAGAUGGCCAAGAUGGCAUCAAUGGUAUCGACGGUCGAGACGGUACGGAUGGUCGCGAUGGUAUUGAUGGUAUUAAUGGUACCGAUGGCCGUGACGGUACUGACGGUCGUAAUGGCGUUGAUGGCCGGGAUGGUCAGAACGGCGAGAGAGGUGAAAGAGGUGAGAGAGGCGAAAUGGGUGAAAGGGGAGAGAGGGGAUGGAGAGGAGACCGUGGGGAUAGAGGAGAACAAGGAGAAAGGGG